AUGCGACGAUGGUUUUCAAGAUUCAGUAGUUCAUCAUCUGCAAACACAUCUCGAGUCACGUCACCAACACCAUGCGAUCAAUUGCAUGUGACACAAUCCAUUUCAGCUGAUCAUUUAACAUUAGAGUAUGAUCCACUUUCAUUGCUGCCUUCACCUUCAUCUCCAUCGCUCAUAUUGAACAAUAGCUUAUGGAAUGCUGAUUUUGCAUCCGACCCGAGCAGUUGGGAAAAAUUAUUUAUGUCUCACUGGGAGCAAGUUGAAGAAAUUGUUGAAAGUGAAGGCGAAAUUACAUAUGAAAAGGCGGUUUCGGUUUUUCCUCGUAUUAGUCAAAUGGUUCAGUUAUUAAUGAUGGAAAUCAAUGCACAGCCGGAAUCAGCCAUUGGACCCAUCCUUGAUUGCUAUUUUACGGACCAGAUUAUUGAAAGAAUCGUUGAUUGGGCACUAGAGGCACCACAGUUUUUAAUUUCAGCCUGUCAAGUUAGCUUAUUGCGAAUCUAUGAAAUAAUAGUUGGCGAAAGUCAUACUCAAAAUCAUUGUUUGCUUGUACAUAAACCAAUUCUUUUACCACUUAUAAAACUUUUGGAGUGGUGCCGGAAAUCUUCCGAAAAUAACGAUUUUUUGCCGCUGAAUACUGAUAAACAUUUUGUUAUUCUUUUAAAUCAGAUUUGUACUAAAAUGGCUGAGGACGCCACUUUAUUAUUAUUUUUCUUUACUUUUGAUGAAGAGUGUGAGCAGUUUUUGGUAUUCAAUCUUCUUAUUCCAUAUUUGUAUGAUGCUGGAGAUAUUGGACAGUUAGCUCGUGACGCAGUUCUUUUAAUAUUAUCAGUUUCUCGGCAUUUGAAACAAAUAGCUGCUUUCAUUGCUUUCAAGUCCAAUUUUUGCCCAGUUGUGGCUGCUGGUUUGUCUGGAUGUUUCUCUCAACUUCCACGCAAUAUUGCUUCAGUAUUCUACGUUGGUGAUGACUGGCAUAAAUUGAGCUUAAGUGAUAUUGAGUUUCAUUCAAGCUUGUCUGAUUUUCAUUGUUCUUUAUUAUUCUGUAACGCCAUAAUUCAGGUUGCACAUGAAUUUGUUAUAUCUGAGUUGAUCGCUUUUAUUUAUAAUGGGUUUCUUCUUCCUGUUGUAUUGCCAUCUUUGCUUCAAACUGGUCAAGAAGAACUAAUUUCAUCAACUGCUUAUUAUCAUCAAUGUUUAGAGGCUGUUACCGAAUCUGCAUUGAUUCAGGCUUUAAUCAAAUUGUUAAUUGUGGAAGAAUGCGAACCAAAUAAAAAAGUAAUCGAUGUAAUUGUAGAAAGGAUAUCUGUUGGUAAUCGAUUGAGUCAGGUUAGUUUAUCGCUCUUGCGGUCAUUGAUCGAUUUACGUUGUGAAGAUUUUAUGCUUGAUCUCAUCUUUAGGUAUUUACUUCCUUGUACAUUUAUUCAACCCAAUCAAAUAUCUCGUCUGCGAAAUCGUAAAUAUGCCUUGCCGGCGGCUAAUUGUCUUCUAUCAUUUAUUCCGAAUUGUACUUUAAAAUUUUCUUUGUUAUGUUCUCAAGAUACGUUACAAGCAUAUCUUCUGGAAGCUCGCAAAUGUGUGCAACUAACUACUGAUUCUUGUGCAAAAGCAUGGCAGUGGGAUUAUGAUGGGCGUAGUCCGCCUCCACAUAUGUUUCGAUCGAGUUCUAAUGAAGAUAACGUGGAAAAUAGUGCUGCGUUUAUUCGGCAGAACUCUACUCGUUCUUCAUUAGUUUCAGCUCGCAAUGGUCUAAAUCGUUAUUUCAUUAACCAUGGCGCCCACGCUACAGCAGAAAGUUUAUGUCAGCAUUCCCCAUUGCCUGAGUUAGGUGAAGGGAAUAAAUCAUCAAAAUCUGAUUUCUUCUACGAUGAUAUUGAUUCUUCGGCAAUUAUGGAAGAUGACAUCCAGCUAUUGAUUCCACCCAUUACAGAGAGUUCAAUUUCUAUGUCAUCUUCUUGUGACUAUUUUCAACUAGCGUUCUAUGAGAAUUCUGGAUCUGAUGGUGAAGUACAAAGCGUUACGCAUAUUGCUCCUGUAAAUGGCACAACACAGAAUUCCGUUAAUUGUCAAAAUGAAUUGGUCGAUCGGAAAAUUAGUAUGACGAGUGCAGAAUGUGAUACUGAUACUGAAAUGGCUCGAUCGUUUGUUUUGCGUGGAUGGGCUCAAGUUGAGGAUUUGGAUACUUUCAUGGCUCUUCUUGAGCAUGUGCCACCAUGUAAAUCAAGCCAUUCAUUGGAAGAGAAUCUUGCGCUCAUCGAUUCCAGAAUUCAAUAUUUAGACGAACUCAAAAUUGAUGAUUCUGUCGCUGAAGAUAAUCAAGAAUCCAAGAGGAUGGAAGGCAUAGGUGAAGCCGAAGGCGUAUCAACAAGCCGUGGUUAUAGCAUUGUAUAUCACGAACAUCAAGGUGUUGGUCCUCUUCUGGAGUCACUAUUCAGAUUGCUAGAAAAUAUGUUAGAUAAUCCAUUAUAUGUGAAUUUACAUUUAACUUCAGUUUUAUCUACAUUAGCUUCGUUUACACAACCGUUGAUUGCUUGCUAUUUCUUCGAUCAACAGUUAAAACUACGUCCCGGUGUCAAAAAUCUUUUCAAGAUAUUGAGUACGCUGAAAACGCAAGUUGACACAUAUGCAGCAUCAUUUGAUGGUUUCGAUGUUCUUCUGGAACGAGGCAUAAAAUAUUUAAAAACUCGUGCGCAUCGAUAUGAGAAGGCCUUUGAAAAUGCUCGAACAAACAUGCAACGCCACGCAUCAUCCGUUAAUGAUAAUAUUCGACAAUGUAAUGGUAACGCGUAUUUUCAUUCUGAUUCUUCAAGCUAUCUUUCAAGAUUAAAACAUUUCGGCGGUCAUUCUCGACAUUCUUAUCCUAAUGAUUCUGUCAAUUUUCACGCAUUCCGAUAUUUUAGCCAUAAAGCAAGAGAAAGUAGUGAUAUGAUGAGCGAUAAUGCUCGUGCUAAACAAGUUGUUUUUGUUGCCAUUAUUUUGUCUCAACUCUGUCAGGUGAUCGAACAGGAAUUCAUUUCUGAUGUAAAUAUAUAA